GCAAGGAAAGACAAUUACUCAAAUAGCGGAGCAGUUAUUCCGCCAAUUGCGUAGCACUCUCGUUCCAUUCGCUUUCUGUUUGUGUUCAUUCAUCGCUGCAGCAGGGGAGAAAGAACUGGCAGGUACGGCGUUGUCUGACCUUAACAAGGCCAUAAAAACAUCAGCAAUGACAGACAGGUGGACAGUAGCUCGUUAACCACUAAGCCACUUUAGAUAUGGACCUAUCUGUGGUUUUGGGCUGCUCUCUGGGUGCUGCCCUUGGGGGUGUGAUCCUUGCAACCUAUAAACUGGGCUUACUUUACCAGCUAUUUCAUAAGACAGAGAGACAGAGUCCUCGUCAUGGAGGUGAGAGUGUGGCGGAGGUUUUGCGAGCUCAUGGUGUCAAAUUUGUCUUCACGUUGGUGGGAGGACACAUCUCACCCAUCUUGGUGGCCUGUGAGAAACUGGGCAUCCGCAUUGUCGACACACGCCACGAGGCCACAGCUGUGUUUGCUGCCGAUGCUGUAGCAAGACUUUCUGGUACAGUCGGUGUGGCUGCGGUGACGGCGGGGCCGGGGCUGACGAACACAGUGACUGCGGUGAAAAACGCUCAAAUGGCCGAAUCACCGCUGCUUCUGAUUGGUGGUGCUGCUGCCACUCUCUUACAGGGUAGAGGUGCACUGCAGGAUAUUGACCAAAUGUCCCUCUUCAAGCCUCUAUGUAAGUUUUGUGCAUCAGUGAGGACUGUGAGAGAAAUUGUUCCCACUGUCAAAAAAGCCUUGGCCGCUGCACAGUCUGGCACACCAGGCCCAGUGUUUAUAGAGUUUCCCAUAGACACGCUGUACCCUUACCAUGUGGUGGAAAAAGAGUUUGCCCCUAAAAACACUCCCAAAGGCCUGAUGGGGAAAAUCAUUGCAUGGUAUCUCCGGAAUCAUUUAUCAAACUUGUUUGCUGGAGCUUGGGAGACACGUGAUCUGUCUCCACUUCCUGUUCACAUCCCACAUGCCACAGAGGAUGAGGUCCAAAGGUGUGUGGAAUUAGUGAGCAGAGCCAAGAAACCUGUCAUACUGUUAGGCAGUCAGGCAACAUUGCCCCCUACACCAGCGGAUGAUGUCAGAAAGGCCUUAGAAUCUUUAGGCAUUCCCUGCUUCUUAGGUGGAAUGUCCCGAGGGAUGUUGGGAAAGAACAGCCCACUGCAUAUUAGACAAAACAGGAGAGAUGCCUUGAAAGAUGCUGACCUCGUGCUGCUGGCAGGCACGGUGUGUGAUUUUAGACUGAGUUACGGAAGAGUGCUGAACAGACGGAGCAAAAUCAUUGCUGUCAACAGAGACCGGAGUCAGCUACUAAAGAACUCCGACAUGUUCUGGAAGCCAACAGUGGCCAUUCAAGGUGAUGCUGGUUCUUUCCUCCUGCGUCUCUCAAAAGCCCUGAAGGGACACCGAUGUCCAGAGGAAUGGCCUAGGAGCCUGAAAGAGGGAGAUGCCAUCAAAGAGAAAGCUAACAGAGCAAAAGCGGAUGAGAAGACAGAGAGGCAUUUGAACCCCCUGAGUGUUUUGCAUCGUGUGGAUGAGCUCUUGGCUGAGGACAGCAUCAUAGUGGCUGAUGGGGGUGAUUUUGUCGGCAGCGCUGCAUAUAUCAUGAGACCCCAGGGCCCACUCCGCUGGCUGGACCCAGGGGCCUUUGGGACUCUGGGUGUUGGAGGAGGUUUUGCUCUGGGGGCAAAGCUUUGUCGACCUGAGUCUGAGGUAUGGAUUGUUUACGGCGAUGGCUCACUUGGAUAUAGCGUGGCUGAAUAUGAUACCUUCACACGUCACAAGACCCCAGUGAUCGCUCUGGUGGGAAAUGAUGCAUGCUGGAGUCAGAUCUCCAGAGAACAAGUGCCUAUGCUCGGGAGCAACGUAGCCUGUGGUCUUGCCUUUACAGAUUACCAUAUUGUAGCCGAUGGUUACGGGGGCAAAGGUUACCUGAUUGGCCGAGAGGAUGAGUCGCAGCUUGAUGACAUCAUUAAAAAGGCGCAGAAGGAGUGCAGAGAGGGAAAGGCCGUUCUGCUGAAUGUUCUUAUUGGAAAAACUAACUUUAGGGAAGGUUCAAUCUCAGUUUAAAGAGAAACACUGUCCUGCCUAGAUACCCAAAGUCUUUCUGGUGUUGUCAUGCUCAAAAUAUACCAUAGGUUGCACCCUUUACAAAGUUGAUUUUUUAAAAGGAGUUCAAAGCAACAACAUAUCAGAUGUUUAAAAACAUUUCUUCUGUUACGAUGUGACUAAUGCAAUGUUCGCAAAACUCUCAAGAACAUGUCUCGCUCACAGUUCAUCCCAAAACCAAAAUAACUAAAUGCUAAAAUGUUUAAAGAAAAUUAAGCUUGUGCUCAGGAUCAUAAUUUCUUUUUCUAAUAUGUCAUUAUAUUUCCCCUUACCCUUAUUACUGUAGAGCAAAAAAGGGAAAAAAUAUUGUAUAUUAUAA